GCAACCAAAUUAAACGAAGUGAAAAUUGAAGGGGAUUGGAAAUCGUCUGGCGAAAAUUCUUUUUUUUUGCUGUUAUGAGUUCUAUGCAAAUGUAGAUGUUUGUGUGCGAGGAAAGAGCGAGAAUUCUCCGCCGGCUUUUCCUUCGGAUAACGGAUCUUCGAUCUCGAUUGGAAAUUACGUGUGUGUGCGUGCUUGCGCAAAUUAAAAAUCGAUAUGAAUCGGGGCAAAAGGCAGGGCAAAUAACAAAAAUAUAUGCGGGUGUAAUAAAACUUUAACUCGACAAAUAAUCGAAAAGAAAAGAAAUGCAAUUGUUAGCCAGCCACGUACACACAUUGUACCUGCACUCGUCUAUACAAACAAACAAACAUAUAUGUAUAUAGCAGAGGCAGCGACGCCGGCAGAAUCAAAGCAGAGCGCAAAUCGCAAGCCAACAAAAAACACCUUUUCCACCACGUUGAAUUGUUAUUGUUUUUCGGCCACUCCAGCAUAAUAUUCAACCGAAAUCAACACAUUACUCGCACCUUAUUAAAACCGCACAAACGUACAUAUGCAUAGCAAAAAGUGACUGACCAGUAAAAAACAGAAAAAAGACGACUGCGAUUACCAAUCCACUAACAAAAAACCCGUCGGCACGUGUUAAACAAAUUAAACUUCGUUGUGCAAUAUUAAUAUUUUGUUCUUCUGCAGUUAAUGUAAAAUAGAAAGUAUCAAGUGAACUUCUAAACAUAUCAAAUGUACACAUUACAUAUCAUCUAAAAUUAAAAUAUCUAAGAAAAGGAUAGUACGGAUACCACUUGUGAAAUAUAAUUAAAACAAGUGCACACUGGACAAUACAUAUCAAAACCGUCGAAAGCAUAUCAAAGCCAACGAGUGAUACGAGGAGUAUAAAAAACAGUUAAACAAGUUCCCAAUUCCCCUCCGCCGCUCCCCCUCGAAAAACCCAAGGUUCCCAGACACCCACCCCUAGAUAACCGAACUGAAAAGAAAGUAAAAAUACCGUGACUAGCCGGCCCCGUCGAGUCCGCGAACCAAGUUAGUCAACUACAAAUAAUGCGCAUACAAUAGGAUCGAUGUUACCGCAAAACUGUAUGUCCCUCCAUGAUAUUCCCAAGCGAAAAGAAGAGAGAACUAUGGCGUUAUGCGUCCAGAAACAAUCCGGGUCCGUGCGAUGGAGCGCCGGGAGCAGUACCGCCCGUCCAGCCACCACGGCCGCCGCCCCCUCCACAUCGACACCGCCCUCAGCCUCCCAGCUGUGGCUUCUCCUGCGACGAGGACUCCUCGGCAAUGCGACAGACCCCGCCACCGCCCUACAGCUCGAUGUCCUGCGCCAUGGACUGCUCAGGCUCAGGCUCCGUUUGCCAGAGUUCGAUGCAGAGUCACCAUCACCACCACCACAACAACAACAACAACAACAGCCACCCGUACCGCCGCCUGCCAAAUUACAAGGAUCCGUUGUCGCCUCCGUCAGCUUCAGACCGCUGCUUUACCGCUCCUGGCUACAGUUGCGGAAGCUCCUGCGACGAUAUGUUGAUCGACGGAAGCGAUCAGGAGCGGAAUCAGGAACGGAAUGGGGAUCGGGGGCAGGUUGUUCAGCAGGUGGACCGCCGAAUGCUGAGUGCCAAUACCAUUGCGACCAUGUUUCGGAAUUGUUGCGGCGGCGCCACGGAUUCCAGCAGCGGAUCCACACUCACGAUUCCGAACGCCACGAACCGAGCAACCGCCCAUCAGCCCCAAAACCAAAUGCAGACUGCGAGACGGAUUCGCGAGGAUUUCGAUGCUCUGAUGAAGCCGCUGAAGCGGAAGCAGAUGGCCGAACUCCUGCUGGCGGUCAAGAGUCGCAAGGAUCCGCCGAACAAGACGAAUCGCGCUGCUGUGGCCACCGCCGCCUCCACCGCUACACCCACCUACCUGCAGUGCAUCCUGAUCCAAUGCUCGACGGCAGCGGAUCGGGAGCAGCAUGUAAACGCCAGCCGACUGUUUUUCUGGCCGGAAUUGAGGAGCCGCGAGGAGCUGAAGCGACUGCCCUCCUGCCCCGCCGCCCACGACUGCGUCUACACGUGCUGCAACCCGCUGCACUGGUUCCGCAUCAUGCACCAGCAAGAGACAGACGCCCAACCGCCGCCAUACCAACGCUCAAAAAUGCUGAGACUGAGAGAUGCAGAUUCCGAAGAAGACUCGCAGAACGAUGCAAAUUCGGCGGCGCUGAGCACGUGGAGUGCGCAGAGCAGCAGCAUUUCGAGCACCUUCAAGCCGCCUCUCUUCGAGUCAUUCACCACUGAUGGAAAUGAUCAUAACAUCAACAGCGCGGAGUGGUGCCAAAUCGCCUACUGGGAGAUGGCCCACCGAGUCGGGGAGUUCUUCCACGCCAGAACGAAAGCAGUCAAUAUCUACACCGAUGGGAUCGUAGGCAGCGAUGGGGAUAGUAUGUGCCUACGUGACCUUGCUCCCGCAGCCAAGCAAAACCACUCGGAGUUGGUGCAAAUUACGCGACAGAAGGUUGGAUUGGGGGUCACAUUGAGUCUGGAGAGCGGCGAUGUUUGGAUCUACAACCGCGGAAACUUACCCGUGUUUGUGGACUCACCCACCCUGGCUGAAAAUCUGGACCGUGUGUGUAAGGUGAUGCCCGGUGAUUGCCUGAAGGCCUUUGAAACAAAUAGGGCCAAACAGCUUAGCAUUGAACGUGAGGGACAUCACCACAUGGGACCCGUCGACUACUUCAGCAUCAAGAUCAGCUUCGUAAAGGGCUGGGGACCGGACUACAAAAGACAGGACAUCAUGGGCUGCCCCUGCUGGCUGGAGGUGCACUUUAGUCAUCUGCGGUGACAGUACCUGCUGCGGGCCCUUUCGGCAGGACCUCAUCCGGCAACCCAGCACCAGGACGAGUCUUUGGCGUGCGGUGGAUGCAGCUGUGACCUGGUGAGCAGCUGGCGGCGCGAAGGAAAUCGGCGAUCGCGUCAACUGCUCCGGAAAGCGCAGAAGCUGCUGACCAGACUGUGCAGACAGGUCUGCGCACUGGCGGAGGAUCAGGAAUCGAGGACGAGAUGGAGGUGCCUGGCGGGCAGGAGAUCGAGCCGCCAGUUAACCAAUAAACAACCAAUAAUUUGGAACAACAAAGGACUGCAAAAGAAAUCAUUUUAAAUGUUAAUAUGUAUACAUAAUUACGAAACAAGUUUCAAUUACUGCUAGUAGACACAUCGAAAUUAAUUUUAACGCAUCUGAGUCGCAUUAAGUGAGGAAAGUCAUGAAGUCGAGGAGUCUGGCGAGUUGAAUUGAUAUCAGGGACUGUAACCGCUAUAAAUUUAUAUAUAAAACUGACUAAUAAUUUUCUUUUCUGAUUUUAUUACCUAAAGGUAAUGAUUAACUUUGAUUUAUAUUAAAAACAACAUGCAACAUUCAUUAUGGUUGAGUAGUGAUUACUAAUAAUCAUUAAUGAUUAAUUAUAUACUUUUUGGUACUCAAAAAUAAUGAUUAUUCCUCGAGUUCAAGCCACAAAAAUAAGAAAUUAUUGCCUUUGAGUGAUUGAAAGAAAACACAUUGAAUGAAAUCAUGAUAGAUUCGCAAGUACUAACCAAUUUCGACUGAUUUUUUUUACCGUGAAAAUCAGAAACAUUUAAAUUUUCGGUCCCUGAUUCAAAUACAUAGUAAUUGUUAAACAAACAUAGAAAAAAUUGAAAUCCUGUGAUUCACUCUAUAUAUACACAUGUAGUUUGUACCGAUGCGUGGAGCUAGAGCUCCUUGCCAGUAGCUAUAUGAUAUGUAUAAAUACUUAACUUAUAUAUGUAUACAUACUUAACUGAAGGCACAUCAGGGUUAACAGUUUCGAGAAUGGCAAAUAGACUAGUUACGAUACAACAUUCAGAAGCCACUACCUUUUCUAUGCGACGUUUUUAAGAGAGCCCAAGCCCAUAAUUUAUACCCCACCCAACUGAAACCAAACAUCACUGAAAUACAAAUCUGUUCAGUAGAAUCUGCAUAGAUUAUAGGUUAAUUAAAAAUCACCAUUGAAUUCGAUUCGGUUUUAGACUCUAGCGCAUAGGGAUCAGAUUGGCUUUAAGAAAGCAUACGUCAUGUUCGAACAUUAUUUGUUUUAUGUUGAUAUUUUGACUGUUUUCGUUGUCAUGGCAUUCAUUCAUCGCUUAAAUUGAAACAAACUAUCAUCUGUAAUGUAUUAAAAAUCGCACCAAGAUACUUCCAGCUGUUAAGUAACAAAUAAUUAUUUUAUUUAAAUCUGAAAUCAUCUUUCGUCCAUGCAUGUUUCACAAACACAAACUUCGGUUGCAUUUCCGCCUGUGGGAAAUGCCAAUUCGAGCGUUUGGUAUAGUAGCAAAAAUCCUUGCGCUAGAGCUUCUAACCUCUGUACCAAACAAUAUCGUAUGUAGGCCAUCCUAGAAUCCCAGCCUUGUAUGUAUGUCCUGCUAAGAAUAAAAUCGAUCCACGUAAAACCAUUGUUACCAUUUUCUCACUGUUAAACGAAGACCGUGUUCAGCAAAUUCAUAAAUAGGUACGUGAUUAUUGUGUGUAUGUAUAUUUUAAUUCCAAAAAAGCACUAUAAAAAUAGUAACAAACGUACUCAUGAGCAAAGUUACUGGGCUGAUUUUAAAAAUUUCUCCUCAUGUUAGAUUACAUUGUAAAAAGUCUGGAGACAUGAAUGCAUACAAUAGCUUCAAUAUGAUCAAAUAUUUAAUCAGUGCAGUUAUACUGUUAAGUUUAAAAACUUGUAAUAAAAUUUCAAUAUAUUUACAAAAACAA